AUGCUAUUUGCUCGAGCAUCUGUGCGAGGCUCAAUAGGGCUUCGUGCAUUCUCAACGGCGAGAGUAUCCCGCACUGAACUUGCUUAUCAGGUCUAUGGCCCCGAGAAUGACCAGGCCGCGACCCGGGAUCCAAUUCUGUUCCUGCAUGGAUUGUUCGGGUCCAAGCAGAACAACCGCAGCAUUAGCAAAGCACUGGCCAGAGACUUGAAGUGCCGCAUUUACAACCUUGACCUACGCAAUCAUGGACAGUCCUUUCAUGCGCCAGAGCACAACUACAGUGUCAUGGCUGAGGAUGUCCAAGAAUUCAUCGACCAACAGAAGCUCGACAAAUGCGUUCUAAUUGGCCACUCCAUGGGUGCCAAAGCUGCAAUGACAGUGGCACUUCGCUCGCCCGAGCGUGUUUCGGGCCUGAUUCCCGUUGACAAUGCGCCUGUCAACGCUGCCCUGAAGAGCGACUUCCCCAAGUAUGUCCGCGGCAUGCAGCACGUGGAACAGGCGAAGGUUUCCAAGCAAUCAGACGCCAACAACAUCCUCCAGGAAUACGAGGAGUCUCUUCCGAUUCGGCAAUUCCUUCUGACCAACCUCGUCCGCUCGGAGGAGGACAAUACGUUCAAAUUCCGCGUGCCACUGUCGAUCAUCGGAGACUCGCUGGAUAACAUGGCGGAUUUCCCCUUCUCCGAAGCAGACGGCAAGCAAUAUGAGGGACCUACGCUUUUCGUCCGAGGCACCAAAUCCCGAUAUGUCUCUGACGAGACCAUCCCAGCGAUCAAGAAAUUCUUCCCGAAUGCUCAGAUUGCAGAUGUGGAUGCUGGGCAUUGGCUCAUUUCCGAGAACCCGGAGGCCUUCCGACAAGCGGUGCUUAAAUUCCUAGGACCGUCCUAG